AUGCAGUGGACAUGCCACACCCGCUCGUCGUUCUGGAUUGCACUACCGAUCCCAUCGAACGUCGCACCCCAAUGGGACAGCGCAGAGCAUGCGACGCUGGACCUGUAUCCACUGCCGCGCGCCGCCCUACUCUCGCGCACCUCUCCCUCUGAGACGCAGCCCUGCGCCCGCCCGCCCGCCCGCCCGCCCGUCAGGCGGCCCCCGUUCUGGCCGGGCACGUCUCUCGGGCGCGUCCCCACGUCCGCUCUGCGCCUCGCUUGGGCACAGCCCUGGGCAAUGACGCCCAGCGCGCGGCGCGGGGCUAGUAUGUCCCUAACCGAGGACGAGAAGCAGCACGUCAUCUGCGGCGCUGCGCGGAUGCCGGAUGGGCAGGGCGGUGCUGUUCGCGCGGGACGUUUGUCGCGCGUGGACAGUGGCAGCCGCAGCGUUUUCGCGCGCGGCCGAGGGGACUAA